CCAAUCAGCGUUGAGUCAGACAGACUCUUGUAAAGAUGGCGACGGUGAGGCACAGAGGAGUGAAAACUGGACGCUUUGCCGUUAUUAAACACCACUGGUCCAGACACCGUAAGAACUGAUACGGCACCGGGAGCGAAAGUUUAUCGACCAAUUUCUCGGUCGCGACACGUCGCUCGGUGCUGUACGGCGACGCUGCGGCUCUGGUCGCUUUUGUUUUCGGCUCCACUGUUGUUGCCUUGGACUGCUCAUUAGCUUCAAGUUGGAAAGCCAAUGCUAGCCCAGGGCUAGCUGUGUAGCUCCAUCGGCUGCUUGGGUCUUUCUGUAUGGCAUCCAUGGAUUGAUAUCCUGUCCGGUGCUAACACUGGGCUGUGCAGACGUAUUCAAAGUUUUUGUUUUCACGGAAACGACCGCAAAUGAAUCCACUGGAUUAAAAAAUACUACUUAAGGGGGAACAGGGGGCACCGACGAUCUGGCAUUGCGGCACUGUUCUGAGUGUCGAGGCGGAGUAAGUUUGCCGUCAUGUAUUUUCUAACCGGGUGGCCACGGAGGCUGCUUUGUCCGCUAAGGAGUGAAGAGGAGCCCUUCCACGUCCAGCCCAGCUCCCAGAGGUUUUACUUCGCCCUGCUGUCAGAGACUCAGCUCAGCAUCUGGUUCAGUCGGCCCAGUGUUUUGAUAGUCAGCUAUAUCGAGUCUGCAAAGGCGGCGGCCCAGUUUGGCUUCUACCAGAAGGCAGAAUGGAAACCAGACGACUCCAUGAUAGCUGUGGCGACUGCCAAAGGCUACAUCCUCUUGUUUGAUGUGUUGGGCGGAGGAGAUGACAAGUACCUCUAUGAGCCUGUCUAUCCAAAAGGAAGUCCUCGUGUGAAGGUGACACCCGGUUAUAAGGAGGAGCAAUGUGCCCCCGCUCUGUCUUUAGAGAUGAAGAAGCCUGUGGACCUGGAGGCCCCCAUCACCAGCCUGCAGUCCCUCCGGGAGGACUUACUGGUGUGCACCGCUGACGGCUACCUCCACGUGCUGCACUGGGAUGGGCUGGGCAGCAACGGACGCAAGGCCAUCUGCCUCACUACAAUCCCCUUCUCACUAGACCUGCAGUCGGCCAGAGGUGGCCCCUCUCUGGACCUGGAGGGAGUGUAUAUACGUUGUAUGGAGUACUGUGUGACCCUGGACGGCUUCGCUGUGGUCCUGAGUGACGGACGCCUCGGUUUUAUCACACCACUCUGCAACACCAUCACCACAGAUCAGUUGCAGGGAGUUUGGGCAGCAGACGUGACUGAUGGUACCUGUGUGGCCGUCAACAACAAGUACAGACUGAUGGCCUUUGGCUGUGCCAGCGGCUCAGUGCUGGUGUACAUGAUCGACACCACGACAGGAUCCAUGCAGCUCUCACACAAACUAGAGCUCACCCCAAAACACUAUCCAGACAUCUAUAACAAGACAGGCCCUGUCAAGCUAAUCUGCUGGUCACCUGACUACAGCGUUGCCAUGGUUACAUGGGAGUGUGGCGGCCUGUCGCUGUGGAGUGUCUUCGGAGCUCACCUCAUCUGCACUCUGGGAGAAGACUUUGCGUAUCGUUCCGAUGAUACCAAGAAGGACCCCCUUAAAAUCAGCUCUAUGAGCUGGGGAGCGGAGGGCUAUCACCUGUGGGUGCUCCCUUACAAGCCAGAGAGGAGGAGACCAGAGGAGCAGCAGGAUGUGGAAAUGGUUGAACCCCCUCCCUCCUCCCUGCAGGCCGGUAUACUGCAGUUCCACUUCAUUAAGAGUGCCCUCACAGUCAACCCCUGCACGAGUAACCAGGAGCAGGUGUUGCUCCACGGCGAGGACCGCCUCUACCUGACCUGCGUUGACCCCUCGCAGAUCCAUAGCAGCUCUGACGCACACCCGCACACACACAUACACCCACGCGACGGCAGCCCCAUGCACCACCCUCCCAACCCCGACUCCUCUCUCUCUCAGGGACUCAGCACUUUACUGGGACACAAGCACUGGCACGUGGUCCAGAUUCACAGCACAUACCUAGAGAGCAACUGGCCUAUAAGGUUUGCAGCCAUAGACACAGCAGGCCAAUGUAUGGCUGUAGCAGGGAGGCGGGGAUUUGCACACUACUCCUUAUUCACAAGGAAAUGGAAGCUGUUUGGGAAUAUCACUCAGGAGCAGAACAUGACGGUGACAGGAGGUCUGGCUUGGUGGAAUGACUUUGUGGUGGUGGCCUGUUACAAUUUUAUAGACCAGCAAGAGCAGUUGAGGCUCUAUCAACGCUCGUCCAACUUGGACAACGCCUUUGCCUCUGUCACAAAGCUGCACUCGGACACUCUGCUGCUUAACGUCUUCAGAGACAUGGUCAUCCUGUUCAGAGCCGACUGCUCCAUCUGCCUCUAUAGCAUCGAGAGGAGGAACGACAGUCCAAAUCCAUCAGCCAGUGUGGAGCUCCUGCAGGAGGUGUCGAUGUCUCGCUACAUCCCUCAUCCGGCCCUCGUGGUCUCAGUCACGCUCACGUCUGUGCGCACAGAAACUGGCAUCACAUUGAAAGCCCCGCAGCAGGCCUGCAUGGCAGAGAGCAUCAUGUUGAACCUGGCUGGCCAGCUAAUCAUGCUACAGAGGGACCGUUCUGGACCGCAGGUACGAGAUAAAGAGACCCCUGCAGUCAACAAGAAGCUGCUACCAUUUUGCCCUCCUGUGGUGCUGGCCCAGUGCGUGGAGAACGUGUGGACCACCUGUCGCUCCAACAAGAAGAAGCGCCAUCUGCUGGAGGCCCUGUGGUUGUCCUGUGGAGAAGCGGGGAUGAAAGUCUGGCUGCCGCUGUUCCCCCGAGACCACCGCAAACCCCACUCCUUCCUCUCCAGGCGCAUAAUGCUGCCCUUCCACAUCAACAUCUACCCUCUGGCCGUGCUGUUCGAAGAUGCCCUGGUGCUGGGAGCAACCAAUGAGACUGUGCUCUACGACGGGCUGCAGGGAUCCUCAGAGCCACUGGAGGCGCUGUUCCCCUACUGCACCGUGGAGAGAACCUCCCAGAUCUACCUCCACCACAUCCUGAGGCAGCUGCUGGUUCGCAACCUGGGCGAACAGGCUUUGAUGCUGGCUCAGUCAUGUGCCUCCCUCCCCUACUUCCCGCAUGUCAUGGAGCUGAUGGUUCACGUGGUGCUGGAAGAAGAGGCGACAUCACGGGAGCCCAUACCUGACCCUCUGCUCCCCACCGUGGCCAAGUUCAUCACAGAGUUCCCCCUCUUCCUGCAGACCAUCGUCCACUGUGCCAGGAAGACAGAGUACGCUCUGUGGAACUACCUGUUUGCAGCUGUGGGAAACCCCAAAGAUCUGUUUGAAGAGUGUCUCAUAGCUCAAGAUCUGGACACAGCAGCUUCCUAUCUGAUUAUACUGCAGAACAUGGAGGUUCCAGCUGUGAGCAGACAGCACGCCACUCUUCUCUUCAACACCGCACUCGAACAGGGGAAGUGGGACCUCUGCCGGCACAUGAUCCGAUUCCUCAAAGCCAUCGGCUCAGGGGAGAUGGAGACUCCGCCCCCGACACCCACCACUCAGGAACCGAGCUCAACAGGUUUCGAGUUCUUUAGAAAUCGCAGCAUCAGCUUGUCCCAGUCAGCCGACUCCGUCACAACAGGAAAGUUCAACCUGCAGAAGACCUUCAGUAUGCCCACUGGAGCUUCUGCUAAAGGACGGGAUGUGGAGUGUGCAGAGAACAUGUAUAUCGACAUGAUGCUCUGGCGCCACGCCCGCCACCUCCUGGAGCAGGUCCGCCUCCGUGACCUGGGAUGUUUUUCCGCACAGCUGGGCUUCGAGCUCAUCGGCUGGUUGUGUCGCGAGCGGAACCGAGUGGCUCGAGUUGAGGAUUUUGUCACAGCGUUGAAGAGACUCCAUAAGGAUUUCCUCUGGCCAUUUCCUGUUAUUCCUGUGGGAAGCCUCAGCUCGCCACUGAAGAACGGACGCUGUCGCACAGUGCUGAGCACACGGCUGCUGAAGUCCCAGUCAGCUGACAGCCUGCUGAACAGCGACAUGGACACGGCGCCGCCCCCAGCAGCUCCCACCAACCACACCUGGAUGGACGGACUCGGGCAGAGGGCCAAAGACAUGGACACAGCUUCAUCAGCUCACUCCAACCAACACUCACCGCAGACACACGACGCCUUCCUGUCGCUUCUCACCAACAAAGUGGAGGAGUACAGCGUCGGCUCGGCCACAGACCUGACAGAGACCAGCUCAGUGGUGGACGGCGAUUGGAUGAUGGUCGACGAGAACUCCUCCACUCUGAGCCUGAGCCAGGCCGAGCUGGAGCACAUCUCCAUGGAACUGGCCAACAAAGGCCCACACAAGUCACAGGUGCAGCUCAGGUACCUCCUCCAUGUGUUCAUGGAGGCCGGCUGUCUGGAGUGGUGUGUGGUGAUCGGCUUGAUCCUGCGGGACGCAAACGUCAUCAAGCAGGUGAUCAGCUUCCUGGACAGCCCAGAAGUUCCUCCAGAAACUGUGCAGAGUGUCCGAAACGGCUUGUUGGCUGUCGACACCUGGGCCUCCACUGACUGCCUCGGAUACAAACCAUUUCUCAACCUGAUCCAGCCGCAGCUGCAGCAGCUGCUGGACUCUACGUCCGAGCAGGUGCAGCCCGAAGCCUUCCAGCCCGUCAUCCAGAGCUCUAAACUCAGCGGCUCCGAGGCGCUGGGAGGAGCGACGGUACCGCGGGUGGAGGACAGCAGGGGGGUUGCUGCUCCGCUGGGCCUGGCUUUACCCUCCCUGGAGCCCGCGGGAGGAUUCCCCCGCCCCCCCUCCGAGGACUGUCCUGCCGAACAGACGGAGGAGCAGGGGGAGGAGGAGGGAGCGUACGACUGCACCUUGUCCUGAAGCCCGGAGGCUCUUCUGGACUCAAACCUGUGAACUUUGGAUCCCCGAGGGAGCAGCAGCUUCAGUGGCUGACUGGAAAACGACUUUAUUGUUGUGCGAGUGUGUGAGUGUGUGUGUGCACAGAAAGUACCUCUCCUGCAGGUUCUUACUUCAGUCAGUAUUAUCCACUCUCCACAUUUUCCUCUGUGGACACUGAGCUGCAGACAGACAGCCCGACUGGCACAAAGACAUCACAGCACAAGCAGAGGCAGGCUUCAGUCUGACUCUUCCUUCCCAACAGGACUCAUUUCACCCAAAAUGUGCUGUUAGGAAAAAGCUCACCUGCUACUUGUGGUGUCUGGAAGCUGUCGAGCAGCACAUGAAAGCUCCAGGCUCUGUCCUUUUCUCGCUCUCUCUUUUUAAAAAAACAAUCCCAAGCCUGUUCAGACAAAAAGCUCCAUUGUGUGGUGAAAGAAUCAGUUUCAAAGAGUCUAUUUGAUCAUCGUGCUACAUUGCUGAGCAUAAUGUAGAACAAAGCUCGAACCAUUUCCAGGAUGCACUGAAGUGUGUCUGAGCCGACAGCGAGCGUACGUGUGCACAAGAGGUGUUUCAUACUUUCAUACCUCAUAUGAUUUUAAAAUAUUUUGUGAUACCUUUUUGGAUAAUGUAACGGCGUACAAGAAGACGUUAUUUUUCUAUCGAUCAGACCUCGUCCCGCUUGAGUCUCGCUUGGUAUAAAUUCUGUGUAACUCUCAGAAAACGAGAUGAGAUUUCUAAGGAAAUGAUCGCUGAGAAGAAUCCACCACAGGCUAGUUUCUUACCACUGAUCAGUACCUCCGCUUAUGUAUAUUUCACACACCGAAGCCCGGCGUCUCCACCACAGUCUGUAUCAGUUUGUUGACAAACACGCUACAAAAACCAAAUCAUAUGAUGCUUUAUCCAGCUUUUAAAACACAUUUGGGUUCGUCUCCAUCUGAGAGUGUUUCUCAUCACAUGAUUAUGUUAUUAAAGCCAUUCUGCUGUCUGUAGCCAACCCUUGUUACGAGAGCAUCAUCUGACUCCCCUGUCCGCAGUGUUAAAAGUGACAGUAUCGUUUAUAAAUCGAGGGAUUGUUGCGCUGUCGUGUGAUUCGACCCUCAUCAUCUUGAUAAGGACUUCAUACUUCGUCCAGUCCAACAUGCAUAUCACACCCCUGAACCGCUUGACUGAGUUUUUUUGUGUGUGUGCUUCUGUGUGCAUUUCUGAACCACGUCGUAUUCAAAAUGUGUAGAAUUGAUCUUAUUGUAUUAGUCCUCAUUAUUACUAUUAUUUAUUGGUAUUUUUAGCUGAGUGAUAAUUGCUGAAGUGAGAAACGGGAGUUUGUUUUUAUGACUGACAACAAACUCUCUCCAGUUUUAGUCAUCAAAUGGUUUGUCACGGACAUGUCAGUAUUAUAUUGUGCAAUGUAUUGAAAUGUUACUCAGCUUUAUUUUUUAUGCUUCUCUUCUGUCCCCCAGCUGUUAGCUUUUCACGAUAGACCAAAUCCUAUUUUAGAGGUUCAUUUUGUUCUCUCCUUUGUAGAUUCUUCAACGGUUUCCUGACUUGUCUGUUUUGUUAGAACACUCGCUAAACACGGAAGGGCAAAACGACUACACGACACAGGUGUUUCUGUCGUCACCAGGUGGGCCCCGUCUCCACUCUGAACAAGCUCUACAGCUCCACUACGCUGCUCCGCUGUAAGCUUUUUACUUGACUUGAAAACGGUAACUUGAUGAACCAAAGACUUUUACGUCCAGAGGCCUUCUGUUUUAACCCGUUUGCUUCGAUUGAACGCUCGAGUCAUUAUGCAGAGGGAACAAAAAAAAAACUCAAAAACACACCCCCAACCCACCUCUCAUCACAAACAUAACCGCCAUGGCUCAAAGACAACUAAUGCUGACAGCAUACGAGACAAUUUCCUACGGAAAUGAAUAUUUCAGACGUGUUACGGUUUCCCUCUCUGCGGGUGAGGAGUGGUCAGUCAGGUGUGUCUCGUGGUACUCGGGUGUCACGUUCACUCGCAGGUGGACAGCGCUCCCUCCCUAACUCUGUACAGUUUAAAAGUAUUGCCUGUUUACUCAGAGUAAAGUUUUAUUUCUGGGCCAGCAGACAUCCUCAAUGCAGUGUAAAGAUACUCUCUUGUACAUUUGCCUUUUCUACUCAUGUUUGGUUUUCUACUUCAUUUUUUCCUUGUACAUAAAGACCAAUAAAUUAUUUUUAAAAUGGUAA